ACGUGACACCACAUGCUCGACCCCAAAAGGCCGUGAUCUCCAACUUACCUGAAACCUCAACAAUCAUUUUGGCUUGUCAUUUCGAGUGCAGUAUGUAGCUGCGAUCAUGGAUUCCCCGUGGAUUCCGGAUCUACACUGAAGAAUUAAAAUAUCAACCUUCCAUUUAGAGGAGAUUAGUUAUCCGCGGGAAACAUUGCAAUAGUAAUGGAUUCUUCUAGUGUAAAGGCGCCAGCAACAAAGAAAGUGGGCGUUGCCAUAUGCAGUGGUAGCCUGCCUCGAAAUGUUGAAGGUCUGAAGCAACAGAUAAACAGAGAAAUGCGCGACCUGGUUGAGAAUGUGAGAUACGAGUCGCUUCCCUACAACGUCAGUGACCUUGACAAGUUUGAUUUCGAUGGGAUUGAUGUUAUGAUCUUGUGUCAUUCCAUCGACAACAGGCGAUUUUCGAUCACCAAUGUCACGGAUUCUCUCUACGAUGGCUUCUUGAAAAGAGCUAAGAAUCACCUGGGUAAGAGCAAAGUCGGCGUCAUCGCCCACGACUUUUCAGAAGAUGACCUCACUUCGGACAAACUUUCUACCAAGAUGGCGUCCUUCCUGUACACACAGCCUACAACAUAUCAGUGUGCAUCGCUUGUUCUGAUAGGAGGUCAGCUGGCGAAGGAGCCGGUACAACUGAGCAAGGCACAGCUUGAUACGCUUCGGCAGUUCCUGAAGGCAGCAUCGACCCCGGGUUUGGUAGAGAUUAUUCUAGUCGCCCUGCUGAAAUUGGUCGCCGGCAUUACAUGUGGAUUAUUAACCUGAUAUGCUGUAAAAGCUUCGGUGCUUAAACUGACACCAUUUGGUGUUUCUCGAGGACCACACUCUGAGUUGUUAACUUUACACCCUAGAGAUUGAACGUAACACCAAGAGUGCUAAAGUAACACUCAUGGGUGUUGAACGAACACUGUAAAUUUAACAAAGGAGUAAAAUGUCAGCGUUGUCCUCUAUGUAGGCCUACACAAUUUUUGCAGUAAAAUAGUUCUCUAUUCUCUCGCAUAUCGGGGAUUGUCUUAUUUUGGCAUUCUAGAAGCCAAUGAAAUGUGAAAACGCUACACCAAUAGGCAAAGGAGAAAGAAAUAUAGAGACAGAAGGAAAAGCCAUAUCUCAUGUACCUCCCUCUAAGAUUAGUAGUCAUGUACAUUCGCAAUCCAUCUGUCUUCCCGAGAGGGUUUUUUGUCUGGUAUACUCUUUUGGGCCUUCUAAUAAAUCUGUAUCACUGGUUUGGAAGUCAGGGAUGACACGGAAAAAAGCAUCAGAGCCUAAAUACUGAAGAAAAAAUUGGGAGAACAUCGGGGAAUCAUCUGGAUGAAAUUCAACUCAAGACAAUCGUUCAAAACUGUUCUGCGAAAUACUUAGUGAGAUGCGAUUAAUUGGCCUAUCUUUUGAAAUUCUCUUAAAUCCGGCAAAAUUGUUAUCAAUUGCUAUCAUUCUUGUAGCUGUUGAUCUAUUUCUUGGUCUAUACAAUAAAGCAACCCCAAAACAAAACAAUGAUGAUGAUUCUAGAAACGAUCGAUCUAUUUUUAAGGGGCACCUCAGCCCCCCCCCCCCCCCGAAAAAAAAAUACUGGUAUAGGUUAAUGCUAGUUGGUAAUAACAAAUAACUGAUAUGUCUGGUAUCCGGAUGCUGGGCGCCAUUUUGACUUCGCGGUUUCCUAUGAGCGUACGUUUCAUGAAGCGAUUUGCCAUUGACAAUUGUAAUAAGUUACUGAAACUCUCGUUUCUGAUUGGCUGAGAGCAACUUUGUCAAUGAAAGUCACUGACAACGACGCGUUAUGAAGCGCUUCCUAUACCUAGAUAACAUAGGAUCUGAUAUGUAAUUUCCCCCUUCAAACAUUACAUAGAGCAUUGCAAUUAUUAUGUAUAUCUUUACAUGCAAGAAACCAUGUGCACAACGAGAUCAACCUUAAACACAAAACAAAGACAGUGAUAAUUACAUGAUGAUAUCACCGUGUUAUAAGCUAUAUAAGCAAUGUUUAUUGUCAUUAUUAUUGUUAUUGUUAUUAUCAUUAUUAUUACGAUUAAUAUCAUUGUUAUUAUAAUCAAUAGUAUCAUUGUCAUUAUUACUAUUAUUAUUAUCAUUAUUAUCAUUGUUGUUGUUAUUACUAUUAUCAUUAUUAUUAGUAUUAAAAGUAGUAGUAGUAGUAGUAGUAUUAUCAAUAUUGUUAUUAGAACCAACAGAACAAGAAUUUAGGUUCUCCUCUAGACAAAAUAAUUAGUUGAUGUAUAACAAGAUAAAAGUCAUGGUGAAAAGUGAAUACGAAAGCAAACAGAACAUGGGGAAAGAAGUUUUAGAAACAAAUGUGUAUAUAAAAACCAGGAAAAAUUACAAGAAAAUUCUAUAACAUGGGGGAAUACAAAAAGGUUGUGAGAAAUCAUGGUAAUAAUGAAGUUUUUACUGGCCUGCAGUGCAUCGAAAAUAGGUUGGCCUACAGACAGAACAAGCACAUGACAAUGGACCUAUGUCCUUAUAUUCACUGGCGAAAAGAUGGGAGAGGGGGGGGGGGUGGGCUUAAUGCACUGAACUCCAAAAGUUUAACGACAAAGAAUUAAGAAAAUAGAAGAAGAAAAUAAGGAGUAAGGGAAAGGGGAGGGUAAAAUAUGAUAUUAUUUUCUGAAUAUUCUCAGACAAAAUUGUAUUUCUUAUUAAAAAACAGUCAUUUUUUGCACAUAAUGCCAUGUUUUGGCCCCUCAAAAUUCUCCUCAUUAAGCCACUAAUUAUAAAUUGUAUAACUCAUUUCAUAGUAUAUUUUGUUAUAGUUUCUUAAUUGAUCAAUUAUCAGGUAUCACUGCCAGAACUUUUUAAAAAAACAUCGUAGUUUAUGACCUCAUGACCGGAAAUUCUGCUCACGCGGGAAUUUAUCAUUGGGUAAAAUAAUAUUUUAUAAGCAUACAACGAGAACAAUGAUAGUGCGGAAACUUUAAAGUGCCAUCGACUUGACGAGAUGGCGAGAAAUCUUAUAUCUUCAUGAAUUGACAAGACAAAAUAUAUCGUCAUCUUGUCAAGUCGGGCAUUUUAAAUCUUCCGUACGAUGGGAAUGAGAAAAGAUGUCGUGUUCACACCAACGAAACCGAUUCCAAACCGACUGAUGAUAUGUCAUUGAAAAUAACAAAACAGUUGUCGUUGCUCUGGAGUCGAUUUUAAAUGCAGAUGUAACAGCAGCAUUGUCGCGUUGUGGCCAAGUGGAUUAGUCUCCGGACUUUGAAUGGAGGGCCGUGGGUUCAAAUCCUUGCCAUGGUGUAAUUGUCUUCCGCAAGGGUUUGAUGUACAAUGUGCUGCCCUCAACCCAGGUGAGGUGAAAGGGUACCUGGUGGGAUUAUGCUUAGCAAUGAACAGCUGAAACAACAGUUCGUUGGAAUGAUAAUGAAAAUGUGCCUCGGAAUCGAAUAUUAAUUUUCUAGAUCAUGACGCUAUAUAAAUGCCUUUUAUCAGUAUCUCUAAUGGGAAGGGGCUCAAAUUCCUUCUUAGUCAAGCAGCUCAGACCAAAGAACGCGAAUUCCGACUGAAAAUUCCAUGCCUACCAUAUUCUGACUCCAGUGGACCCUUCAUGCAUCCACCAAAAUGUUCCUUCGAAAAAAAACAACAACAACCUUACCCGCCCUCUGAAACUUUCCGGAGUUAUGUGCAUAUGCCCCUUGCCCCCUUCCCCUAACGUCCACGCUCUAUAAAGUUAAUUCAUUGUCAUACCCUUGUAGGCCUGCAUCAUUUGAUACUUGAUAUAUAUUACGUCAUUUAUCAAGAGAGUUUUAUGGUAAAGUCACACCGGCAAAGCAGACUCAAGUGGGGCAAGUAACACCCCCCCCCCCCGUAACACAAAGCUAAGUAAUCAUCGUACAACAAUUAUUUACGAUUGAUUACAUUGACUACAGUGAGCAACAAAUCGUGAAAAUCAAGCGUAAGAUUAAUCGCUAACUUUUGUGCCACUGGACCCAUCAGACCGACUAAUACGAAUUCGGUGCCAUUAGCAGAACCAGAUCCAGCGUCAUCCCUUAAUGUGCCCGAGUAUUUGAAUGGGUGAAACUUUAGAGUCGGAUUCGUUGGUGUUUCGUCAAGUUGGCAUCAGUUGGCAACAGUUUGAUGUUUGUGUUACACCACUUUCAAGAGGGCUCCAUGUUUUAUCAAUCAACUUUCACUUUAUGCUGCAUGUAGUAUAUAAAUAUCGAAUGACUGCAAGUCAUCGUUAAACAUAAUGAAAUUGUCAACUGGUAAUGGGAUGUAUGUUACUUCCUGUCAAAGGUGGAAAAACCGUUAUGUGAAAAUUAAAUCGUGUACCUUAUCAACAUCCUCUCAUAUUUUAUUACCCCAUUGUCUGAUUGUACUAAUAGUAGAGUAUAUCUGGCUCACUCCACUCGCUCUCAAAUCGUAUUAUUCAUCACACUCGUAUUAAAAAUCGUGUGAGUCAAAGAAACGAAUAUUAAAUGCAUUCCAGUUAUGUCAUGCACCAACUUUGCCCAAUAAGUUUUUCAGAAUGUGAGAGAGCAACCGGAAUGCUGAUUUAUUCGAAUAAAGCAAACAAAAAAAGUA